AUAUCUGCAUCCAUUCGUCACAGACAGGAAUCCUGGGAGCUGACAACUCUUCGUUAUGGCGCCUGGUUUGAUUAUCCUAUUAGUUCAAACCCUCUCCCUUCACUCUCUGUUUCUCAGCUGUUAUCCUAUUCUCUACCUGUAACCACAAGUGAGAGCCUUCAGACUUUGGGGCCAGGAUUCGGCCUUCAGGAUUAUCCUAUUACAGCAAAAGAUCUGCCUCAAAGAGCCAUAUUAACCCUAUAUCACAUAGCUAAAUCUCGACGUCAGGCCGAGACAGAAGUUGACAUUGAUUUAUUAGUCGUACUUAUAGCAAAAAUAGAUGAACGUUGUCCAGAAGGUAUAAAUUUCUCAAUUUUUUAA